UUAAAAGACAUUUCCUCCCACUCUUUCUCUCUCUCUCUCACCCUCUCUCUCUCUCUCUUUCUCACUCCUUGUCUCCCGCUUUUCACUUACUCCCUCUUUCAGCUGAACCCCAGCCUGAGCUGUGAACUGUGAGGGAGGAUAAAGAGCUGGACUGACAGAGCUGCCACCUUGCUGGAGAGGCUGUAUGACGGAGCAGUGACACAACAGAGCGAAGCAUCAUCUUUUUUCUUGGCUUCACUAAAUUUGUGAAGACCCGGAGGAGCGCCUCAUGUUACCUGUGGGGGCUUGUGACAAAAAAACAGAGAACAUUCACCGUUAACCAGGAUCGAGCUUUUGUCUGAGGUUCACACGGAUAUUUAUUUCACUAAUACGGCGCUAUACAUCUAACAUGGGUACACAAGGCCUUCUGGGCUGCCUUCUCCUAAUCACUUGCCUCAUCUUAUCAAAUGCUGGGCUUGUGAAAAAAAUCCUACGGCAUCGACGACAGACUUUGGCAUCCCCUGAAGAUCAUAACAUAACCCUCCCGAGUGCAGAUCAUCCUGUGGUUUUCAACCACGUCUAUAACAUUAAUGUUCCUGGCAGUUCCUUGUGCUCAGUGGACCUAGACGCUACAGAAAGUACGCACCUUCAUCCCAAAGAUGCUCCAGUCUCCUCAGGCCAUCACAUGACCGAGCACACGCUCGAUGGGGAGAGCCAGAUUGUCUUCACUCACCGCAUCAACAUACCUCGGCAGGCCUGCGGUUGCACCGACCACUUGCCCGGUCUAAAAGCCCUCAUGAGCCGGCUUGAGAUGCUUGAGGGAGAAGUUUCAGCUUUGAGGGAUCAGUGCCACAGUGAAGGGGCCUGCUGCAGCGCUCAGGUCAAAGGUGAAGUGGGAACAAAACCUUACUGUAAUGGUCAUGGAAACUUCAGUGCUGAAACCUGUGGUUGCAUAUGCGAGCCUGGCUGGAAGGGACCCAACUGCACCGAACCCGAGUGCCCAAAGAACUGCCAGGACCGAGGCCACUGUGUGGAUGGAAAGUGCAAGUGCUUUAAAGGCUUCGCUGGAGAAGACUGCUCAAUUGAGGCCUGCUCUGUGGACUGCAGCGUGCACGGCCAGUGCGUAGGUGGCGUUUGCGUCUGUACGGAUGGUUUCUUUGGCGAAGAUUGUUCUCAGAGCAAGUGCCUCAAUAACUGCCUAGGCCGUGGGCGCUGUGAUGACGGAGACUGUGUGUGUGAUGAACCAUGGACUGGCUUUGACUGCUCUGAGCUUAUCUGCCCCAAAGACUGCUACGACCGUGGGCGCUGUCUGAAUGGAACUUGCUACUGCGAUGAGGGAUUCACCGGGGAAGACUGCGGAGAGCGUAUCUGUCCCAACAACUGCCAUGGUAAUGGUUUCUGUGUCGAUGGCCAGUGCGUCUGCACAGCUGGCUACAGUGGAGAAGACUGCAGUCAGCUCACCUGCCUGAAUGACUGUAAUGGUAGAGGAACCUGCUUCAGUGGGAUGUGCAUCUGCGACACAGGGUAUCAGGGUGAAGACUGUAGCCAGUUGGCAUGUCUGAACAACUGUAACAACAGAGGCCAGUGCAUAAAUGGACAGUGUGCGUGUGAUGUCGGCUUCCAGGGAGACGAUUGCUCCGAGCUGUCCUGUCCAAACAGCUGCUUGCACAGGGGGCGCUGUCUCAAUGGUCAAUGUGUAUGCGAGGAAGGCUUCGCCGGUGAGGACUGCAGCAUCCGCACAUGCCCUUCAAACUGCUACGGCCGUGGAGAGUGCACCGAGGGGCGUUGUGUAUGCCACGCAGGCUUCACUGGUGAGGACUGCAGUGAACUGAGCUGCCCCAACAACUGUAGGAAUCGUGGCCGGUGCAUCAAUGGUCAGUGUGUCUGUGACGAAGGGUUUGCAGGAGAAGACUGCAGUCAGAGAGCUUGUCCCAACGACUGCCUGACCCGCGGUUACUGUGUGGAUGGAGAGUGCAUUUGUCACGAAGGCUAUUCAGGAGACGACUGCUCCGUGGUCACCUGUCCAGAUAACUGCAACAGCAGGGGGCGUUGCGUUGACGGAAGAUGCAUGUGUGAGAUCGGAUAUGAAGGAGAAAGCUGUGCAAUGCUGAGCUGCAUCAAUAACUGCCAGGACAAAGGGCACUGCGUGAACGGUCAGUGUGUCUGCGAUGAGGGAUACAUCGGAGAAGACUGCUCACAAGUAUCUCCUCCAAAGGACCUAACUGUUGGGGAGGUCACCAGUGAGACUGUCGACCUGUCCUGGAACAAUGAGAUGCUGGUCACAGAGUAUCUUGUCACAUAUGUGCCCACAAUUCCUGGCGGUCUUCUCCAAGAGUUCACUGUGUCUGGAGACAAAACCGCUGCAACUGUUAAAGAGCUUGAGCCCGGUCUUGAGUAUCUGAUUAAUGUCUACGCUGUUCUGAGUAACAAGAGGAGCAUCCCUGUGAGUGCACGGGUGGCCACAGACCUUCCGCAGCCAGAAGGUUUAAGAUUCAAAUCAGUAAGAGAGACCUCAGUCGAGGUCAUUUGGGACCAGCUGGACAUCCCCUUUGAUGGCUGGGAGAUCUAUUUCCGCAACAUGAAAGAAGAAAAUGGAAAAGUUUCAAGCACCCUUCCACCCUCUCAGAACCAAUUCUUCCAAUCAGGGCUUGGACCAGGACAGGAGUAUGAAGUCUCCAUCAACAUCAUCAAGAACAACACCAGAGGACCCCAAACAACCCAAACAUUCACUACCAAGAUCGACGGCCCUCAGCAGGUGGAGGUGAAGGAUAUAACGGACUCCUCGGCUCUGAUCAGCUGGUCUCAGCCGGUGGCUCCCAUGGAUGGAAUCACCAUGUUUUACAUGCCCAGCUCUGACCCUUCAGAUGAAAAUCGUGUGGAUAUAUCCCCCCCAGACAAGCAGUACAGCAUUGAUGGUCUGAGGCCAGACACCGAGUACACAGUGUCGCUCAUUUCCAGGAGUGGAGACAUCACCAGUGACCCUGUCACUGCCACAUUCACUACAGCCCUGGAUGCCCCCACGAACCUUCAGACUGUGUCCCAGACAGACAACAGCAUCACCCUGGAGUGGACCAACAGUGAAGCUGAUAUUAGCAGCUAUCGGGUAAAAUACAGUCCCAUCUCUGGGGAAAUUCAUGGUGAAGAAGUGUUCAAGCGAGGAUCAGGAGAUAGCACACAGGCUACCAUCACCAGGCUAAAGCCGGGUACAGAGUACGGGAUUGGAGUGACUGCUGUGAAGAAUGAGAGAGAAAGCCUCCCAGCUACCACAAACGCAGCAACUGACCUCGAUCCUCCCAGAGAUUUUGAGGAAACCGAAUCCACAGAGACGUCUCUCACCGUCAGGUGGCAGAAACCGCAGGCCAAAAUCAGUGGAUACAGGCUGGUGUACAUCUCCAGAGACGGUCAGGUUGGGGAGGUGGGGUUCCCAGCUGCAACGACUACCUAUCAUUUGCCUAAUCUGACUCCUGGGAUGAGCUACACCCUUACUUUGACUGCAGAGAGGGGGCACAAAAGGAGCACACCCGUCUCCCUGUCUGCAUCCACAGCACCCAAGCCCACAUCUCCAGAUGUGCUUACGCUGAGUAUCAAAGAUGCCUCAACGCUCCCACAGUCUGUUCCGGAUAAUGAAGCUGUUCAAAACCCAGACAUCCUCGAUACUCUAAAUAAUGAAGUAACUUCCACAACUGAUUCUGGCGGGAUAAGCUCCGGUGCCGAGCCUGAGAGCUCAGUCUUGGACCUACUCGGGGAUCUCACAGUCAGUGUUACCGCCACUAGUGUAAAGCUGGCGUGGUCCGCGCCCGAUGAGGCGUUCGAUAGCUUUUUGGUGGAGCUUACUGCUCCGUCAGCAACAACGCAACCUCGUGUGACCACGGUACCAGGAAAUAUGAGGAAGGCUGAAAUAGAAGGGUUGUCCCCUGCUACACGCUAUGAUAUUACAUUGCAAGGGCUGGUGGAAGGGGAGCGAUCUUUACCUCUAAGAGUUUUUGCUACUACAGAGAUGCUGACGCCAAUGGUGGUGAACCUCACCAUCUCUGACAUAACAUGGGAUGGCUUCACUGCGUCCUGGAGCCCCACGAGUGGGGACUUUGACAGCUUUGUGAUUGAGGUAACAAACCUGGAGAAUUUUGCAGAGAGCCAGAACCUCACUCUGUCCGGAGACGCUUUGAGCCUGGGUAUCUCUGGGCUGAAUCCCAACACCAGCUACAUGGUUGGCCUGUAUGGGAUGUAUCAGGGCUCCUUCCUUGAACCUGUGUACAGUGAAGCCACCACAGUGAAUCAACCAGUGGUUGGCAAAAUAUAUAUCUCGAACUUAACGUCAGAGAGCUUUUCAAUCCUCUGGAAUGGCACUGAAGGAGAGUUUGAUGGUUUUGUCCUGGAGAUAAUUGAUUCUGAUUGGCUGAUGGAGCCAAAGGAGUAUAACAUAUCCCAUGAUGUAAAGUCCUAUGAUGUCACAGGGCUCAGGCCCAGCACUGAUUACAUAGCCUACCUCUAUGGAACGUACAAGGGAUCCAGAACAAGUGCAGUCAGUAUUGUUGCAUCGACAGCUGAAGAGCCUGAUUUGUCCAAGCUAGUUGUUUCUAACAUUACCUCAGACAGAUUCUCUCUGUCUUGGCGGACAAGAGAGAAGGCUUUUGAUAAGUUUAUAGUAGAAGUCAGAGAGUCUGCUUUGCCCUCUCAGGCAAUGGGGCGCGCUCUGCCUGGAGACGUGCGCUCCACAGUAAUGGCGGGGCUCAAAGCGAGCACGGGCUACAACAUAAAGCUGUAUGCCACUGGUGUUGAUGGCCAGAACACACAACCCCUAUUUGCUGUAGCUACAACAGAGGACAUCCCACAGUUGGGGCCCAUAGCUGGUUCAUCUGCGAGUCCACAUAACCUCAGCUUGUCCUGGAGCACUGUGUCAGGUCAUUUUGAUGGCUUUGUUAUCCGAGUCAGUGAUUCUGAGCAGCAGUCUGAGACACUGGAGUUCAGAUUGCCUGGUGAAGUCCGUAACAUUACAGUCACUAACCUGAUGGAAGCUACAGGCUAUGAUAUUGAACUAUACGGUAUUUCUCAUGGGCGUCACACUCCCACAGUGUUAGCCCACGCUGUCACAGCUCCUUUGCCUAAAGUGGAAAACUUGACCAUUUCCAACAUAACCCCAUAUGGCUUCCGUGUGUCGUGGGGGGUGAAGCAUCAGCUACCGCGGGAUAAUCUAACCCCCUCUAGUGGUGGCUUCAGCCAUUUCCACAUAGUGGUGACAGACUCUGGCUGGCUGCUGAAGGCUCAGGAGUUCACUGUGCCAGGAAACCAAAGUCACCUGGACAUCGGGGGCCUCAUUACCGGCAUAGGCUAUGAGGUCCGACUGACAGGGGUGUCAGAGUCAGGGCUUCUCUCUCGGCCUCUGACCGCAGUGGCUGUGACAGAGGCUGAGCCAGAAGUGGAGCAUCUCUUUGUCUCAGACGUCACAGCUGACAGUUUCCGUCUGACGUGGACGGCCAAUGAAGAUCUGUUUGACCGAUUUGUGAUCAAAAUAAGAGACAGCAAAAGGUUAGCCCAUCCUCAAGAGCACAGCGUCCGCGGCGAUGAACGAACCAAGGUCAUAACUGGACUUAUGGGUGGCACCGAGUAUGAAAUCGAGCUUUACGGUGCCACACUGGAUCGACGCUCCCAACCUAUUACGGGGGUUGUUCAGACAGGCCUCAGCACUCCCAGAGGACUUCACUUCUCUGAAGUGACUGACUCUUCAGCCGUAGUUCACUGGUCCAUGCCUCGCUCUCCGGUGGAUAACUACCGCAUCACAUAUGUGCCAUUUGAAGGAGGAAGCCCAAUGACAUUGACUGUAGAUGGCAGCAUGUUCAAAGCUUUGCUUCCCAAUAUGAUUCCCGGAAAGACGUACCAAGUAACUGUCAGCGCUCUGAAGGGUCUGGAGGAAAGUGACCCCAGCACAGACACUGUAACCACAGGUUUGGACAGACCUCAUGGUCUUACUGUUAUUAAUGUCACGGACACUUCGGCCCUGUUGCUGUGGCAACCAUCUGUCGCUACUGUUGAUGGCUACAUCAUUACCUACAGUGCUGAUUCUGUGUCCCCAAAGGUGGAGCACGUUUCUGGGAACAUUGUGGAGUUUGAGAUGAACUCCUUGGUUCCAGCAACCCACUACACAGUUGGAGUUCAUGCUAUGAAAGAAGCUCAGAGGAGUGCUUCUGCUGUUACCGAAUUCACCACAGAUGUGGACCCUCCUCGUGAUCUGAUAGCUAUGAAUAUUCAAACUGACAGCGCCACUCUGAAGUGGAGACCACCUCAUGCUGCUGUCACUGGAUACACGCUCAGCUUCUCCUCUGCUGAUGGAACAAUCAGGGAGGUGAUGCUAAGCCCAACAGCAUCGUCUUACAGCAUGUCGCAGCUCACUGGCUCCACGGAGUACAAUGUGCGACUGCAGGCUGCCGCUGGACCCCAGAGGAGUCGUCACGUGGCCACCGUCUUCACUACCCUCGGACAGUUGUACAGACGCCCACGGGACUGUGCUCAGAUAUUGCUGAACGGAGAGACGACCUCUGGUCUGUAUACCAUCUAUAUUGGAGGAGAGGAGAGCCAGCCCAUCCAGGUUUACUGUGACAUGACCACAGAUGGCGGAGGAUGGCUGGUUUUCCUCAGACGCCAGAAUGGAAAGUUGGAAUUCUUCAGGAACUGGAAGAACUACACGGCUGGCUUUGGUAACAUGAACGAUGAGUUCUGGCUGGGUCUCUCCAACCUCCAUAAAAUCACAUCUUCAGGCCAUUAUGAGCUGCGAGUGGACUUGAGGGACAACGGGGAGACCGCCUAUGCGCAAUAUGACAAGUUCACAAUUGCAGAGCCAAGGACACGCUAUAAAGUCUACAUAGGAACAUAUAGUGGAACAGCAGGUGACUCCAUGACCUACCACCAGGGUCGGCCCUUCUCCACUUACGACAAUGAUAACGAUAUCGCUGUGACCAACUGCGCCUUGUCCUACAAAGGCGCCUUUUGGUAUAAAAACUGUCACCGUGUCAACCUCAUGGGGAAAUAUGGUGACAAAAGUCACAGUAAGGGGAUCAACUGGUUCCACUGGAAGGGCCACGAACACUCGAUCCAGUUUGCAGAGAUGAAGAUAAGGCCGGCCAACUUCAGAAAUUUUGAGAGCAGAAAAAAGCGAUCAUAGACUCAUGAAGCCCUCUCUCCUCAUCACACCUCAUCUCCAGGCAUCAGCAUCUGUGCUCCCCCAUCUUUAAGACACUCUCGAAUAUACAAACACACACACAGGCAGUCACACCAAGCUGUGACUGAGUUUUCAAUGUGGGAAAGACCCUGGAGAAUCAUUAACUGGGGUUUUUUUUGUUGUUUUUUGUGUAGUUCUCCCGUGUGUGACUGUAUAUUUUUGCAUUCCCGAAGAAAGUAGAUGCUGAGUUUGAUUCACGAACGGACAUAUAUGUGUUGUUGGGACCAAACGCCUGUAGAAAAAUUUCAGUAAAUUAAAAAAAAUUUAAAAAAUGGAUCUGAAAGGAUCCACUGAAUUAGUAACAUGUCAAAAGGCACAUAGUCACAUCCCCUGAAUUCAUCAGUGUUCGCCUCAUCCAUCUCAAACUGAAUCACUGACCAGGUUAGAUGCAUCAAAUGAAAACUUUAAAGCUUAAAAACUUAAAUAUUGUCAUAUGUUUACUGUACAAUGCCCACCUAUCCCACCCCCAAGAAGCUAUUGAAUUCUUGCUUGAAUUUUGAUCUACUUAUUUUGAUAGAAAAAAAAACCUGAUGCUCUGUAACCUUCAAUACAAAUAAAAGAAGAUGUUAGUUUGAUACAA